GGAGAACGCUUUGAGACAGACUUGCUGUAACCAGUUCUUCCUGUUUUACUUUUAUUAACCUGCUUGUGUCUAUGUUUCCAAAUGUCCCUUUAUUUCCUGGGUUUGUUAUGCAGACGGGAGGCAACGUGCCGGUGGCCUUUAGAAAAACAAGGCUGCUCUCUAUGGUGGUGAUGCUCAACAUCUGCAUCUGUAUCUUGAUGGGCGCCUCGUGGAAACUAAGGCAAAACAGAAGUGGAAACCAUAAAAUUACAGUCCCGCCCGGGAGGUUUUGGCAUCACCAGGUACUGAGUGAGUCCUUCUGGAACAAGGAGCAGCAGCGCCUGGACCUCAUUCAUAACCCGCUCAUCAACUCCGCUCUCGUCAGCGAAUCCCAGCUCACGCUGCCGGAUUGGCUGAACGACACUGGACCGCAAGAUCCCUGUGAACCGGACCCUAGAGUUCCCACACAAAUCUUGGACUACAACACCCUUCCACAGAGAUUCCAGGACUUUCUUUUGAACAUCCACUGCAGGACGUACCCCAUGCUAGUCAAUCAGCCCCAUGUCUGUGACAGGAACCCUUUCCUGCUACUGGCUGUCAAGUCUCUGAUCCCACACUUUGACCGGCGGCAGGCCAUCCGUGAAACAUGGGGAAGAGCCGGCGUCUUAGCCAAUCGGACUGUGGUGACGGUAUUCUUACUGGGCAACACCUUGUCAGUGGACCACUUCCCAGAUCUGCUGGGGAUGCUGGGCCACGAGGCGAAGCUUCACAACGACCUACUCCAUUGGGACUAUAGGGACACUUUCUUCAACCUGACCGUGAAAGAGGUCCUUUUCCUGGAGUGGUUCAGCAAACACUGUUCCCAAGCUCAGUAUAUUCUGAAGGCAGACGAUGACGUCUUUGUUAACACCUUACGAAUCAUUGACUUCCUGGAGGGCCUGUCAGGAGUCAAGGCCAAGGAUUUGUUCAUUGGUGAUGUUAUCAGUAACGCAGGUCCACACAGAGACCGUAAACUGAAGUACUAUGUCCCUGAGAGUGUGUUUGUGGGACAGUACCCACCCUACGCUGGUGGGGGAGGUUACCUGUACUCUGGGGCGGUAGCUAUAGGCCUUUUAAAUGCAUCUCAGCAGGUAGUCUUAUAUCCCAUUGAUGACGUCUACACGGGGAUGUGUCUGAGGAGGAUGGGUCUGGUUCCUGAAAAGCACUCCGGCUUCAGGACAUUUGACAUCGAGGAGAAGCACAGGUCCAACCCCUGCAUCUACAGGAGCUUGAUGCUGGUUCACAGCCGGACGCCACAGGAGAUGUUGGAGAUCUGGCCUUGGAUCGUCCACCCAGAGCUGGACUGCCAGUGACCUGCUUUAUUCAUCUUCGUUCAUUUGACUCUCUCAAAUCAAAAUGUGUUAGUACUUAAGAGUCACGGAAACAAUGUAUUGACAGUGUCUUUGAAUCAGUGUUAUGUGUCCAUUUUAUUUGCUGUUGUCUUUUUCUCCUCAAACUGUAGUUGAUUAAAUUCACGUGAAAGAAAUAAACCUCAAGUCUUCUGUGUAACACCUCA